AUGCUAUUCAAACAGCAGGUGUUGCUGAGACAGAAGCUCUUUGUGUUAGGCAGCCUUGCUAUUGGAAGUCUCCUAUAUCUAGUUGCCAGAGUUGGGAGUUUGGAUAGACUGCAGCCCCUCUGCCCCAUCGAUGGUCGUUUUGGACCCCGCGGCCAGGACGAAAUCCCAUUGCGAGCCCUGCAGUUCAAGCGAGGUCUGCUCCAUGAAUUUCGAAAGGGCAAUGCCACCAAGGAACAAAUUCGACUGCACAAUCUGGUUCAGCAGCUUCCCAAGGCCAUUAUCAUUGGUGUGCGGAAAGGAGGCACCCGAGCACUAUUGGAGAUGCUGAACCUCCACCCUGCAGUGGUCAAAGCUUCUCAAGAGAUUCACUUCUUUGACAAUGAUGAAAACUAUGCCAAGGGCAUUGAGUGGUACCGGAAAAAAAUGCCUUUUUCUUACCCUCAUCAAAUAACAAUUGAGAAAAGCCCUGCGUAUUUUAUCACCGAGGAAGUACCUGAAAGGAUUUACAAAAUGAACUCAUCUAUCAAAUUAUUGAUCAUUGUCAGGGAACCUACCACAAGAGCUAUUUCUGAUUACACUCAGGUGCUGGAAGGCAAGGAAAGAAAGAACAAAACUUACUACAAAUUUGAGAAGCUGGCUAUUGAUCCUAAUACCUGCGAAGUGAACACUAAGUAUAAGGCAGUGAGAACCAGCAUCUACACAAAACAUCUGGAGAGGUGGUUAAAAUACUUCCCAAUCGAGCAGUUUCAUAUCGUGGACGGAGACCGGCUCAUCACAGAACCACUGCCAGAACUCCAGCUGGUUGAGAAGUUCCUAAAUCUUCCUCCGAGGAUAAGUCAGUACAAUUUAUACUUCAAUGCCACCAGAGGGUUUUACUGCUUGCGAUUUAACAUUGUCUUUAACAAGUGCCUGGCGGGUAGCAAGGGACGCAUCCAUCCAGAGGUGGAUACCUCUGUCAUUACCAAAUUGCGCAAGUUCUUCCAUCCUUUUAAUCAAAAAUUUUACCAGAUCACAGGGAGGACAUUUAACUGGCCCUAA